GCUGCCUUCGGAUGUCUUCUAAAAGUUCUGUAGUUGUUUAUCUCCUUGACAUCUGCUGGGAGGGUGUUCCACAGGGCGGCGCCACUACCGAGAAGGCCCUCUGCCUGGGCCCCUGUCACUUCACUUCCUGCAGUAAGAGAAACUGCCAGAAGGUCCUCGGAGCUGGACCUCAGUGUCUGGGCUGGACGAUGGGGGUGGAGACGCUCCUUCAGGUAUACACUCUUCAUGGGCUACCAAGCUUCCUGGGUGACCUUGGGCCAACAAUUCACUCGCUCGCUCUGUCCUACCUCACGGGGUUGUUGUGGGGGGUGAUUAUGAAGCGGGGAGACUCAUGUACGCCACCUCGAGCUCCUCGAGUUAAAAAAAUGGUGGGAUAUAAAUGCGAUAUAAUAAAUAAACACAUCCUAAGUAAAACCCAGUGAAAGUGUCCCUGAAGCACAGCUGUCAACUUUUCCCUUUUCUUGCGAGGAAUCCUAUUCGGAAUAAGGGAAUUUCCCUUUAAAAAGGUGAAAAGUUGACAGCUAUGCCCUGAAGGGGCUUCGCUCCGGCGUGACAGGGCGCGGGUUGCCACCGCCUCAUUACUCCUGCGGGUCCCUUUUCAGACUCACCCGCCUCUCGCGGGGUCCAAAAGGGCGAAGGGAGGCGACUUACUCCCCCCGCAGACUCCUCAGGACGCGUCGCCCGGCCUAGCGAAGCCUAACAGGCCCAGUCACGAGCAACCGGCACCCGCACCGCCACUUCCUCUCCGGCACAACAACGGCAUCUUGCGAAGAGGGGGCGGGAAGCCAAAGUCCGCCGCUAUGAUUUAGGCACUUCCGGCCCAGUAUCGGAACUCGCUUUCCCGCUCUUAUGAAAGCGUAGAAGGGCUUCACCAUAGAGACUCAGAGGGGCAGAGCGACGUCACUCUGCUCUCGAAGGCGGAAACAGUAACCGGGUGCUUCAAACUCACGUGCAGCCGAUAUAGGUUUUUUUCCUUAUCUUCCGUCCAUGUGUUGCUCUAGGGUGCACUCGAUCCACGAUUGGUUUCCAAGACAUCGCGAGAGUGACUUCGUUCGCUUUUUUCUUCUUCCUGACAGCCGAUUGGUGCAGCGAGCCUGUGUGGCGUCAACCCGGGACAAAGAUGGCGGCGUGUAGUUUUCCAGCGGCACCCUGUCGGCGUUAGUAGAAAGCUGCUCAUCGGGGAGGCGAUAGAUCCGGUCUGGGGCAUGUCUGUUUUCCACGACGAAGUGGAGAUCGAGGACUUCGAGUUCGAUGAGGAGACGGAGACCUACAGCUACCCGUGUCCCUGCGGGGACCGGUUCCUCAUCACGCGGGUAAGCGGAGUGGGGUGCGCACGCGUGUAUUCUGAAUUCAGAAGUACCUCCAUACAUAGGGAGAAUUCAGAAGUACCUUCAUACAUAGGGAGAAGGUUUGGAUCUGGCGUUAUUGACGGGGUUGUUUCCUCUGAGAGUGUACAGGGAACAGAGUGUACAGGGUACAGGAACCCUGGCAGAGGGCCUUCUCGGUAGUGGCUCCCGCCCUGUGGAACGCCCUCCCACCAGAUGUCAAAGAGAACAGCUACCAGACUUUUAGAAGACAUCUGAAGGCAGCCCUGUUUAGGGAAGCUUUAAAUGUUUGAUGCAUUACUGUACAGUAUUUUAAUAUUUUGUUGGAAGCUGCCCAGAGUGGCUGGGGAAGCCCAGCCACAUGGGUGGGGUAUAAAUAAUAAAUUAUUAUUAUUAUUAUUAUUACUCCUGCUUCUACCCUUCAUUUUCUUCUACAUGGCUCUCUACUCUGCCUCUUGGAUCUUACUAGCCUUUGCCAAGAAGGUUGAAUUGUGCUGAUACUCAUUAUCACAAACAAGGAAGUGCUCGUCUCCUUCAAGAAUGACUGAUUACUGCUUUGCCCUGUCCAGGCGAUGAUAGACUAUUGUGUGUCAUUGCAGGAGGAUCUGGAGAAUGGUGAAGAUGUAGCCACCUGUCCAAGCUGCUCACUCAUAGUAAAAGUCAUCUACGAUAAGGUGAGAAGUCGGCUGGGGCACCUGAGGUGCUUGUCCUCAUAAAUAUGUCCUCGUAAAUGUGUACAUAAGAAGCUGCCUUAUCCUGAGCCAAACCAAUGGCCCAUCUAGCUCAUUGUCAGCAGUGACUGGCUGUGGCACUCCUGAAUUUCUGAUGUGAGUCUCUGUCAUCCCUUCCUAGAGAUGCCAGGGAUUGAAGCGGGGACCUUCUGCAUGCAAAGCAGAUGCUCUACCAGUGAGCUAUGGCCUUUCCCUAUACACUUUUUUAUGAAUUUAUUCUUGUUCUUCAUGUAAAGUAUUGGAGAAUUAUAGUAAACCAUGCUAUAGGAACAGUUAAAGCUUUGAGGCAACAAAUGCACAGGUUUCAUGUUUCAUGCUGUCAGGAUGUGUUCUCUGUUCCCAUUUGGCUUGUUCUAAACCAGGGUGGGUAAAAAGCAAUGAUUUAAAAAAUAAGAAUUAAAAAAAUCGGAUUUUUAAAAAUCUAAAUCAAUUUUUUUUAUUUAAAUUUGAUUUUUAAAAUAAAAUGCUUUUGGAGGAAAAAUCUUUCUAAACACAGUUUUCUGUUUAAGUUACAUUAUAGUCCAAAGGCUAUUCAUCAGGAAAUAAGGAUUUGUUUUUCGUUUUUCAUUUGUGCUGAAACUCAGUCUAAGGGUUUUUUUUUAAUGUUUAACCACAUCAGUUAACAAACAUGGAUAUACAUAUGCUGUAAUGUUAUCAUUUUAGUUAAAUAAAUUGUUUAAAUUGUUAUUAAGGAAAUGAUUAUUUUUCUCCUUCCAAUAAAGUACAGCAGAAAAGUUGUCCAAAUAUAAACAGCUAUCUUAUUAAACCUCACAAUAAUUUCAUAAUUAUCUGUCUAUGUAUUUCUAAUAGUAUAACCAAAUCAGUAAUUUUUGAUAUAACUGUAAAAACUACUCUGAAAAUUUAUUAUUCCAAAAAUGAAACCUUUAUCUGGUUGUAAAUAUUAAGAUUAUACCAGCAGGAAUGUCUUUCUGUAAAAAAAAUGAUUUGAAUCAAGUCUUACUGACUAGUGAUUUAAAUUGUGAUUUAAAUCGUGGUUUAAAUCAAUUUGAUUUAAAUCAAAUCCACCCUGUUCUAGACUGCUGUUCUCAUUUAAGUCCUGUUGAUUUCAGUGGGAACUAAGUGUAAUUAAGUUGGUCUGGAUCUAAAAGGGUUGCCAUAUUUCAAAAAAUAAAAACCAGGACACCCUGAAAGUUGUUGAACUUUUUAAAGGAAGACCCAAAGUGGUUCGGCUUAUUUUUUUCACAAAAACGCCAAAAAAUGUUAUUUCCACCCCGCCCCCAAUUGACUUGCCAUGAUCCAGGAAAAAGCAGUACCUCGAAAUCCCCCCCAAACGUCAAUUCUGCCUUUGAAAUCACGAAUGUAUGGAAGUGCUAGGACCCAUACACCUGAUGACAUCUGAUUGUGUUCACCAGCCAUCAGAACUGAUUUAACACUUGAGCCUGCAGGGCUUUCCCUUCCUUUCCUCGUCUCGGCAGUUUCCCAUGCACACCCAAAAUCUGCUCUAACGGGUUGGGAGAUCAGAUUUUGCGGGAGGGGGACUACAGUGGGAAGUAGAAGAAGAGGAAGUCUAAUUGCAUGAGACUCGUGUGACACUUGUUAUCACCCAUUAUUUUCAGUUUUCACCUUCUGAGACAUCCAUGCACUUGGCGAAAUAAUUUGCUUGCAAAAUAUAAUUGUAAUCAUUUUGCGGGCCACAAAUUCAGCAUGAAUUUUAGACGAGGGUGGCAGUGACUACUGAGAAAAUGUAUGACACCUAUUUUUUAAUAUCUAUUUUAGGAACAAUUUAUGUGUGGCGAAGAAGUCUCUGCACCACCAGCAAACAAAGAACUGGUUAAAUGCUGAUGAUCGCUUGAUGAACUUUGCUGUUCCUGGAAAAUUUGGGCAGAAAGAUGCAAGCACACCUGUUCUGAAGAGACUCUGCAUAUAGCAAAUUGCUCUUUCUCAUCAGCUUCAUCAGUAGUUUGAGAAAAAGAACUGAUGUGUCAAAAAAAAUCAUGUAUUUGUGUGCAUAAGUUCUUAAUUUAUUUAAAUACAUGGAAUAUUCUUCCACAUGUGAGAUUGAAAAGGGUGGCAGUCCACAAUACAUGAAAGUGUUAAAAGUGCUUGUUGCACUUCUCGGACAAUGGAUUCUUCUAUGUAGUGUACAGAACGAGCUGCUAGAUCCUAUAAUAUGAGCAAGAAGACUAUGCUGUGUUUUUUUAAAAGAGGGGGGUUCUGUAUUAGAGGCUAAAUUUGUUAAAGUCAAGCUUAUACCAGUUGUCUUGAUGAUCUUUUGUUUUCUGCAAAGCUGCAUCAUGCUAAACUCUCUUGUCUUGCCAAACUGAAUAGCUUACAAUGACGUUUUUGUUUUUCUUAGUGGGUUGCUGUAACACCAGACCUGGUAUUUCCAAAUAUGGAGCCCAAUCUCUCUGUACAGCAGGUAUGGGAAACCUGUGGCUCUUUAUGUGUUGCUGAACUACAACUCUCAUCACUUUUGGCCACUGGUCACACUUGCUAAGGCUGAUGGGAAUUGUAAUCCAUCAACAUCGGGAGGGCCACAGACUCCCUGUACCUGUUUUCAGUUGGCUUGACUUAAUUCUGUUUAAACUUAAGUAAACUAUUAGUUCUUAUAUAUGCCACAUCAGCUAGUCUCCCUAGAGAGAGAUCCAGUUACUGCUACCUUCUUAUAUUUGUAUCUGUAAUCAUCAUCACUGCCUUACUUACUUGGUUUGUGAGUGGACUUUUCAGUUGGGCUUGCAGUUUCAGGAUGUGAGAUUUUGGUGACACUUUCCAUGUAUUUAUUACAUUGAUUCUGAGUUGGAAAAUAUCUACCCUGAUGACUUCAAUAUGUUUUUCCUGAAUUCCUGUAAGUGCACCUAAAUAUCAGGUUUUAAAUGAUUAGAUGUCCUGUCCACACAACUGUAAAUCCUUCAGGCUUACAAUUUAAUAUUUAAAUUCCUAAUCUUGGAGCUGUGGACAGGCACACACUGAUUUUAUUUUUACUGUUUUCCACUAAUAAUCCAGUAGCGGAGUUGCAAGAAUCUUUAGAAUAAGCAAUCUAUUUAACUUGCAACCACACAGAAUGACAUUGUCCAUUUGUGCAAUCAAAUAUGUUUCUUUGCUGUUAAUUCCAUUUGUUAACAGCAGUUGCUUUUGGUGGCCAAUAGGUGGCACUGAAAGUUUGUAGACUGAUAUAUUUUUAAAGUACCAAUAUGUCUGAAAAGUAAAAAAUAUUUAUUCUGCAUUUUAAAUGAACUUUAACUUGCUAUU